UUUUUUUUUUUUAAACUGCGGUGAGGCGCAUGCCAAAGGUCUAUAAAAGGGGGGCCUUUUCCCUCUUUCCUCUUUACCCAUCCUCGACUCGAAGCAUCUGCGCAACGCUCAUUGCGACCCACACAACCUCAUCGCGACUCGGUCAACCAUGAGAACGCCGAUGUGGUGGUGUCGAGGACCUCGACCGCCCGACAGCAACCGUGAUCAGAACCAGCAGCAACCAAUCGGAUCCGAUAACAAAACCUACUAUUAUACUGCCACAUUAGUUGAGCUUGGUUGUCUCCAAGCCUUGUCACUGAAAAUCCACCAGCUUGUGACGCUGCCCAGUCGAUUCGCUCCUGGAUGCAAGAGUCUGGCUUCAAUGCCAUCAAGAGUUCUGGAUCAAGGCUUAGUAGGGACCAUGUGUGGUGGUGGGCAGUUAUCCGGUUAGAACAACCGUUACGUAUUGCGUGUAUAAUUGCCUAGUAGUGGUUAGAUAGCUUUUCCGAACCGGUUGUCGCCGGUUUAUUCCCUGGUGUAGUAGCUAGUGCCAGUUUCUGUCACCUCUACACUAAUAUAAGUCCUUAUUUAGGACCCAGGACCAUGAAGAAUCCUCCCCCAAUGACAAUGUCAUUCUCACUAGAGAUCUCGUUGCUCAUUCUUCUUCUUCUUGCUCUCAUUGGUGCUUCUGUCCAAUACAUACGUCUAACGCCACUGUGCAGAAACACUAUCACCAGCAUACAACACAAGAUCCACAUUGUACAAACCCAUCACGUCCGAUACCAUCCCGUUCGGCAUGCAUUCAAGUACCCACUUUUCUACUUUCGAGUCAAAUUGGGUGAGGAUUUCAAUGUACCCUGGUGGUUAGCUGGGUGGGAGAGAGGGCUUUUUGCGGUGCGAGAAGGCGACUAUCUAGGCGGUGGGGAUGGCAGGAAGCAAGGGUUUGGGUUAGGUUUGAAACAGCGUGUGCUUGAGUUAUUGGCAAGUAUGGGAAUCUCAACCUCGGAUAUCGGGUCUAUCGAACUAGUAACAACACCGCGUGUGUUGGGCUAUGCAUUUAAUCCCCUUAGCGUUUACUUUUGUUAUUCCUCCACCACCCCGUCAAAUGUCCACGCAGUCAUCUUGGAGGUGAACAAUACGUUUGGUGAACGCCAUGUGUACGUUUGCUGUGAAAAGAACCGUGUGAAGAGUGCCCCUGGAUAUGAUUAUAGUCACUCGAUAGAUCGAUCCUUUCAUGUCUCUCCUUUUAAUAACCGUAGUGGCAAUUAUGAAGCCCAUUUCAAGCACCCAGACAAGACACUCGACGUCCUACUCAACAUCAAAAAUUACACGGAUGCAUCUUUGGCAGGACUUUCCAAGCCAUUAUGGUUUACAGCACGAGUAUGGGGUGAUGCAUACGCUCUCGACGCACGUACAUGUGCCUAUCUUCUUGUCACAUACCCUGUGACCGCAUUCUUGACCUUCCCAAGGAUUCUCCGGCAAGCGUGGAUCCUUGCGUACCGAAAACGAAUGAAAAUCUAUCAAAGACCGAGUCCCAUGAGGGUACCUAAAGACGGACGAGGCAUGGUAUGGAAGCGAUUGAACAAUUUCCAAACGUUUUGUCGACGGACAGUCUUUGAUCAUUUCCACAUCCAGGCAGAGGGACAUUCCACCAGUCUAAUUGUAUAUGAGCAGGGCAGGCCUUCAUAUACGACUUUGCACGGUGGUGCCGGGUCUCCUCCGAUCAAAGUUCAUGUGACAUCACCUGCAUUCUACACGACACUUGUAUUGGAAGGAGACGACGUUGGUCGAGGGCUGGGACACAGUUUUGUUCGAGGUGAUUGGACGUGUACAAAGGGUGAUCUGGAGAGGUUUUUGGGAAUGCUACUUUCCAAAGAGGGCAAUCGUGAAGGGAGACAGCCAAUGUCGGCCGAACCUAGAGAAUGUCCAAAGACAAAAAAGGUGAUAUCGCCGUUCAGUUAUCCUGGUUUUGCUCAUAUGCAUCAGCCAUCGCGUCCACAAAGACUGUCGAUCAGGUGGAAGCUGUGGAUGGGGUCCCUAUCGAUUCGACUGGAACAGUCUCUGUUUAUAUUAGUAGCAAACUUCACCAUCGAUCCGUAUUCAGUAGAAGAGCGCAUUUUUGCGUACGCCAUGGACGAACAGGCGGAGAAAGUCGCGCAUAGUGUAGAACCAGCGAGUGACAAUUCGGAGAGCACCUUGAUUGGCGAGAUUGAUGAUGGUGCAGAUAUACAAAGGAAGGAAUUGGAUAGAUUUCAGGCGCUCGCAACCGCUUUUCGCAAAAGCGUCGGAUCUGCCAUUACAGUCAACUAGAAUACUGUACAGGGUUUAUGAUGGACACAGUAGACAAUAUAUAUUAUGCUCAGAAACCUGAAAA